GGGAAAGACUCUGCCGCAACAAGAAUAGGAGCAACAGACCAACAGUAAGUCAAACACCAAAAUGUUGAUUUGCCUAUAGAUAAAAGGCAGUGGUAGUUUAAAACACGAGGAGUGAUGGAAUUGUGAACAAAGAUGUGGAACAUUGAAUUGUGUAAUGACGAGUUCAUGGUGGGCAGUGACCCUCUGCCGGUUUAAAAAUGAUUUUAUUCGAGUACAUCGACUAACGCCGAUCUAAGCAUGAAUCCGGCGUGUUCCUUAAAAGUGAUUACUAAUUUUAUUCAGUGUUUCCUCUGCAGUUUAGAAACCUACUUAUCCGAUAUCGGCUUGGAACAAGCUAGCAGUAAUUCUGAAUAAUUACUUUUCCAGGCCUUAAUCUGAAACAAGGCCUCUCAAUUUUGCUGGCUAGAUCACGGUCAAGGGUAUUUUUCAAAAAAAAUUGACAAAGGAUGAGAAGGAUGAGAUAGAGUAGUCUUGACGUUAAAUCAAAGACUCGAUCAUACCUGGAACCUCUGAGUGAUUUUGUAACUGUACACCAUUGUUAUCUGGUUGUUACUUUCUAUAUUUUGGUCGUCAAUGUAAAAGUGUCAACACGUUAUCGCCUGUAAUUGUUCACUCAGUCAGCGGUCCAGUUUAUGGAUGUCCAUGAUUAGAUAAGGGGACCUGAGUGAUGCCAAAAAAACGAAAGCUUCCCUUCCGACCAUGCCUUGAUUUAACUUUCAGGUAAUUUGCGGUGAUACUUUAAUAAGUAUACCAUGCAAAGUGAAGAAAGAAUAUUAAACACCACUGCUAUGGCCACAGGUAUGUUAUACGUGAAAAAAAAUAGGUGGAGCUUCACGAACACUGACAGAUGAGCGGUACUCUCGCUUUUAGUGUUCGCGCGGCAAUAAUUUUCAAGCGCACGUCUUUCAAUAAUCAAAGAAUAAUUUCAUAAGUCUUUUUUGUUUUGUUUCUUUUUUGUAAAAUUUAUACAACACAUUAAAAGGAGAGAAAAUCUCGAAGCACAGUUUGAAAUUUCAGAAAAUACGUACAGCGGCGAAAUCGUCCAAGAAAUGUCUUCAAAAUGGUCGCUAUAUGAAAACGAAUCAGUAAUCAGGUUUCAAAAACAAAUCCAAAGGGCUUUUUUCACAACACUUUUUGCUCUGGUUACCGCCGAGAAAAAGGACUUUUAUUAUCGUAGUCAAGAAUUCUUUUUGUAUGAAUCCUAAGUUGGAACAGUUUCAUUACUCUUCGGAAUUUUAAAGCGCAGAUAGUUUCAUAUUUGUAUACAGUUUUUUGACCCCUUAGAGUGACAGGCAUCUGAUUUCUCUUUACAACAUCAGCCCUGAAUCACCCAUUAGGUCAUGAGAAUAAAGGAAAGGAUUAACGACUAAAUAAGCUCUUGAUCAUUGACCAGAUUCUCCCUGUCAGCAGCUUAGGAGAUGUAUAGAGAACAGUAGAUAAAGAUAAAGAUAAAGAAUAAUAAAGGAAGUAGGUUUCUAAAAAAAACUGUGGUGCUACUAAGUAGGGGAGUAUAACUAGAAUAUUUUGUUUUAUCAACUGAGUUUGUAAUUUAAAUUAGCUACCAUAAAGACCUUCAAAGCUGCCUUUUCAAGCGUCAGCCCUUCAUCAAAGCGAAGGACUAUGAGCUAACGCUUGAAGUGUCAGCUUUACGGUUGUUAAUUUAUUUGAAAUAUUUUACAUAUAUAAUAUGCAUACCGAUGUAAAGGUAUAAAGGAUUGAUACAUUUUUGUUUAUCACUUGACAGAACUGCAAGAGAUGUCCAAUUCAUCUUCUGAUCAAAUCCCUGGACGACCUGAACUUAGUUCAAGUUUUGUCAUAUUCGUAACAAUUUAUGCCGUUAUAGUCUUUAUGGUUGCGGUGAUUGGAAACUCCUUGGUGAUAUACAUUGUAAGCGCAAGGGAAUACAUGAGAAACUCCACUAACAUACUGAUAGCCAAUAUGGCAGUCGCAGACAUCUUAAUGGCAUGUUUAUUUCCGUACAUGCUCAGAUGGCUUUAUGUCGGAGACGAAUGGUUUGGUACGUUUAUGGGGAUAGCUCUAUGCAAGUUUUUCCAUUCUGCUCAGGUGCUCUCCAUCUCGUGUUCUGUUAUAAACCUCGUGUUCAUCAGCCUUGAUCGAUGUUUAGUGAUAUGGUUUCCAUUAAGGCGAAUUUUCACUAAUAAAGUCCUGAAGGCGUGUUUGGUAGGAAGCUGGGUUUUUUCUACAGCAUUUGCUAUACCCCUGAUUAUAAUGACCACGGCAAAGAAAGAUUUAAAUGGAAUAUAUCGCUGUAACGAAUAUAACUGGCCUACCUCGCAAGACAAAAACAACUACGCUACUUCGUUCACAGUUUUGUCUUACCUUACUCCUCUUCUGAUUAUUACCAUUGCCUACAUACUCAUUGGUGUAAAACUUCACAAUCGAGAAUUACCAGGUGUUCAAACAUUAGAAUAUCAAAAGAAAGCCCAUGAAACGACAAAAAAAGCCAUAACGAUGCUUGUGACGGUGGUGGUCGUAUUUGCACUCUGUUGGCUCCCGCUCCAAGCGCGAGAAUUUAUGCUGCAUCACUUUCCACAGACAUUCUCCCUCUUUCCAAUUGAGGUGGACGUAUUACUACCAUGGAUUGGGGUCUUAAACAGUGCAAUAAAUCCCUGCUUGUAUGUUAUAUUUUCUGAGAAUUUUCGUCGCGAGUUUGGCCGUGUUCUUUGCUGUAUGGGAAACACCCGCUCUGAUGCUUAUUUGGGAAUCCCCGCAACACGUGCAACGCCUAUGACCACGCCUAUAAUGUCUCGGCACAUGACGACCACCCCUAUUAUGGGACGGCGCACUCUGUCAGCUGCUCACAUACACGAGACGCUUCCUCUGCGACAUUUAGCAACCGAUCAGAAAUGA